AUGCUCGCAAAUGCAGAAAUGACUCCAAAAAAGAUGCCGGAGUUGCCUUCGGAUUUGAUUUACGACGCGGAAAGCCGCAAAUUCAAGUUGCUGCCGAGCCGCGAAGAAAUGGCGGAGCGGCUCACGGACGGCUCCGAACGCCAGAAAGCCGUUUUCUUUCAACUCUACGACUCCGCACUUGGCGAGUUCGACGUGAAGGGCUAUAAGUGGCUGAUGGACUCUGCCCCUGGAUUGCAAAUGGCAGCCAUGAUGUCGCUCAUGAUGGUCAAGGGUCUGGUGCAGUCCGUGGCAGGCACUGUCAUCGACAUUGUGCCUCCGCUUAUUCCCCCUCCUGUGUGGAUAAAUCAAAACUGUUUUGGCUCUGUCCUUUACCCAAUUACAAUUCCGGACUUCACAACGGCCGAUGUGACGGACUCUGUAAUGGAGGGAGUAAUCGGAAGUUUUCCUGCGAAGUACCAAAAUAAAGUGGGGAAGACUUCGGAGACGCAGUACAGAGUUUGCGCCACGGCCUACCUCGGCAUGUACUGGUGA